AUGGCACCCAUGCAGGAAUUGGCCCAUGCAAACACCACAAAAGCAUGGGCAGAGCAGACCGAAACACUGAAGGACUUGGAGCCAGAAUUCCGAAUUCUCCUGCUUGAUGUUAAAUUGGAGGACUUCAUAAUCACAGAUCCUCCCACUUUGCAGGUCAAAUUAUUUUGCCAACAAGAAGCAAAACAGUGCACCAGUGCAUCCUGGCAGUUCAGCAUCAAUGGGCAGCCAUUCCUCCUAAUUGACACAGCGAACAAUAAAUGGAUCAUUUCACAUCCUGGAGCCACACACAUCAAGGAAAAAUGGCAGAAGGACAGAGAAUUUGUAGACCAUUUCUGGAAGAUCUCACUGGGAGAUUGCAAUUACUGGCUUCGUGAAUUCUUGGUGUGCAGGGAGAAUAUGCUGGAGUCAACAGGUAAUUGA